GCCCAGCGCAGGCUCUGUAGUCCUAGGGCUCUGCGGCCAGCCGUUGGGGAGGUUUUCAUCCCCUUUGUUUUUGAUCCUCUGCGCUUGCCCGCUCCGCCCCUGUCUCCGCCCCAGCCCAGCGCUGGCCCUGUUCUUCUUACAGGAAGGUGGCGGCCUGAGGCCCCACAGGCUGCAGUGCCCAGAUGAACUCCAGCGACCCAGGCUGUCCCAUGGCCUCGCUCUAUGUGGGGGACCUGCACCCUGAUGUGACCGAGGCGAUGCUCUAUGAGAAGUUCAGCUCCGUUGGGCCCAUCCUUUCCAUCCGGGUAUACAGGGAUGUGAUCACACGCCGCUCCCUGGGCUAUGCUUCCGUGAACUUUGAGCAUCCUGCUGAUGCAGAGCGCGCUUUGGACACCAUGAAUUUUGAUGUCAUCAAAGGCAAGCCGGUCCGCAUCAUGUGGUCUCAGCGUGAUCCAUCACUUCGCAGGAGUGGAGUAGGCAAUGUAUUCAUUAAAAAUUUGAACAAGACCAUUGAUAAUAAAGCACUGUGUGAUACAUUCUCUGCUUUUGGCAAUAUCCUUUCCUGCAAGGUGGUUUGCGAUGAGAAUGGCUCCAAAGGCCAUGGAUUUGUACAUUUUGAGACAGAGGAGGCAGCGGAAAGAGCCAUCGAGAAAAUGAACGGGAUGCUUCUGAAUGACCGCAAAGUGUUUGUUGGACGGUUUAAGUCUCGGAAAGAACGAGAAGCAGAGCUUGGAACGAGGACCAAGGAGUUUACCAACGUUUACAUCAAGAACUUUGGGGACCGCAUGGAUGAUGAGACCCUGAAUGGUCUCUUCGGCAGGUUUGGACAGGUCCUCAGUGUGAAAGUCAUGACCGACGAAGCUGGGAAAUCUAAAGGAUUCGGGUUUGUCAGCUUUGAAAGGCACGAAGAUGCGCAGAAAGCAGUGGAUGAAAUGAAUGGAAAGGAACUCAAUGGAAAACACAUUUAUGUUGGUCGAGCUCAGAAAAAAGUGGACCGCCACCUCGAACUCAAGCGCAAAUUUGAACAGGUGACGCAGGAUACGAGCAUCAGACACCAGGGCAUUAACCUUUAUGUGAAAAAUCUUGAUGAUGGUAUUGAUGAUGAACGUCUCCAGAAAGAAUUUUCUCCGUUUGGAACAAUCACUAGUACAAAGGUUAUGACAGAGGGUGGUCGUAGUAAAGGAUUCGGUUUUGUGUGUUUCUCCUCCCCGGAAGAAGCCACAAAAGCUGUUUCAGAAAUGAAUGGGAGAAUUGUGGCCACGAAACCACUUUAUGUCGCUUUAGCCCAGCGCAAAGAGGAGCGUCAGGCUCACCUCACUAACCAAUAUAUUCAAAGAUUGGCAAGCGUACGAUCUGGGCCGACCCCUGUUAUCCACCCCUACCAACCAGCGCUUUCUGGUUAUUCUGUGGCCGCUGUCCCACAGACUCAGAACUGUGUUCCAUGCUGCCCUAGCCAAAUUGCUCAACCAAGGCCAAGUGCUCACUGGACUGCUCAGGGUUCCCGGCCUCAUCCAUUCCCUGAUGUGCCUGGUGCUAUCCACCCAGCUGUUCCUAGAUCAUCAUUUACUACCAUAAGACCAAGUUCUUCACAUGUUCCUCAAGUCAUGGCAGCACAUCGUGUUACUAACACAUCAGCACAGACAACAGGUCAACGUCCUGCCCCAGCGUCUUCAGCUGCAACUACUACUCCCGUUCGCUCGAUUCCACAUUUUAAGUAUGCCGCCGGAGUCUGUAACUCCCAGCAGCAUCUUAAUGCCCAGCUGGUGCAACAGCCGGUUGUUCACAUGCAGGGUCAGGAACCUCGGACUGCUUCCAUGUUAGUAACUGCUCCUCAAGAGCAAAAGCAAAUGUUGGAUGAAAGGCUAUUUCCUCUCAUCCAAGCUAUGCACCCGACUUUGGCUGGUAAGAUCACGGGCAUGUUGCUGGAGAUUGAUAACUCAGAACCACUUCAUGUGCUCGAGUCUCCAGAGUCUCUGUGUUCUAGGGCUGAGGAAGCUGUGGCCGUACUCCAAACUCACCAAGCUAAAGAGGCUGCCCAGAAAGCUGUUGGCAGUACCUCUGGUGUCCCAACUAUUUAAACUGAUCAGAGACCUCAAAACAGAAACUCACACUUUGCA